CAAAAACCAGCAAGCCAAAGGAUCACUCAGGGUGUAUUUCUGCUGAUUGGGGUGUAAUGAGGAAAACCAGUCAGACAGAUUUUGUUAUGAUUCCAUAAGAGGCGGGAGGCUGGAAAUGAAAGGGAAACUGUCAAGAAAACGGUUGGUGAUAAAACACCGAGGCGCAAUUAGACGUCAUUACGUCUCACCAGAGCCAAAGGAGGGCUGCAGCCCGGCCUUUUCUUGCCUGAGAAGACAAAUCUGUCUGUAGAGUUCGCUUGACAUCAGGAAACCAGUUUUGUUGAGCAGAAAAAGGGCCUUUGGAGCAGACUCCUCCCAGACAUGUCUGGAAGAAAAGCUCCAGUGAGCAGCAGGAGUUGGUCACUGACAGACGCUCCAUCCACACAGCAGCCUGCAGCCCUGCAGAACGCCUGAUCAGUCCUACACCAGAGACACAAAAUGAGAGCCUUUAUUUCAGUUGUGACCGUUUUGUGGGGGGUGGCAAUAACCUCCACGGGCGCCAUCCACGGACUGUACAACUUCGGCCAGCACGAUUUAUUCCAGAAAAAGAACAGCUGCAAGCAAAUCCCUGAAAACCUCCUGCUUUGCAAUGACAUAGAAUACACGGAGAUGCGCCUCCCGAACCUGCUGGGACACGAAACCAUGAAUGAGGUCCUGCAGCAAGCUUCGUCCUGGACGCCCCUCGUUCAGAAACAGUGUCACCCCGACACGAGGAAGUUCCUCUGCUCGCUUUUCGCUCCCGUCUGCCUGGACGACCUGGACGAGCCCAUACAGCCCUGCAGGUCGCUGUGCGAGAGCGUCAGGCACGGAUGCGGGCCCGUCAUGCUCGCGUUCGGGUACCCGUGGCCCGAGAUGCUGGACUGCAACCGCUUCCCACCCGACAACGACCUGUGCAUACCGCCUGCAAGCAUUGAGAACGUCGUGCCCGUCACCAGAGAGGUGCCCAGGGUGUGUGAUGCUUGCAAAGAAACGGAAGAAAAUGGCAAUGAAAUCGUUGACAGCCUGUGCAAGAAUGAUUUUGUUAUGAAGAUCAAAGUCAAGGAGAUCUCCUACAUCAAUGGUGACACCAAAAUAGUGCCGGAGACCAAGAGCAAAACCAUUUACAUGAUGACCGGCGUGACGGAGCGUGACCUGCGGAGGACGGUGCUGUGGCUGAAGGACGGGAUGCGGUGUAUCUGUGAAGAGAUGAAUGACAUCAACGGCCCCUACCUGGUCAUGGGCCAGAAGAUGGACGGCCAUCUGGUCAUCACCUCCCUGAAGCGCUGGCAGAGAGGACAGCCUGAGUUUAAGAGGAUUUCACGCAGCCUUCGUAAGAUGCAGUGUUAGGAAAGAAAGGAAGCUCCAUGUCAGAUCUUAGGUCAAGUUUAGUUUAGCUUUUUCCGUCAAGCUGAGAUGUUUUUUGGUUUGUUCUAGAGAACAGAUUUCUCCAAGGUUUCAGAAACUACAUAUCCCAGAUUCUUCCACUGUUUUUUUUUUAUUGAAGAUAAAUCAUAUUUUUAUUGUGCUUUAAUCCAAUUAAAUAUACAUAGGAUGUGGGAGGUCCUCACGUUUAUGAAAUUUAUUCCAUCACUGAACAAUUUCUUUAGUCAUGUUUUGCUCAUUGUAAAUUGAACUUGCCCCCCUAGUGGACAGUUGGGGAAUACCAUGUCUUUUUAUAAAUAUGGAGCUUUUCCUUCACCUCCUAAUCGAUUAAAAUAACACUCCGAUUGUUUUUAAGGUGCAGCAGAACACUAUCACAUGCAAACUCUGUGGGCCAUUGACUCUCACGUUAAAAAUUACUAAAUUAUUAGCAGAUGGCAUCCAGUUACAUUUUUAGUACGGCCCUUCUGUUCUAGAGCUCCACAAGUAUUUUUUUAGUGAGUGUGACUUAACAUCAAAAUAAAAACAACUUUGAGGUGAGAAAUUAAUUAAAAAAAGAAAAAGGAUGAAAAUAUAAUUUCUACAUAUUUGUCCAGCUUUUUCAGAGGUAUUUUAGCCUUUGUGUCAGAUACAUAAAGACAGAUUAUUUUUUGAAUAAAAGUGUGAUGCUUGUGUGCGUGUGUGUGUGUGUGUGUGUGUGUGUGUGUGUGUGUGUGUGUGUGUGUGUGUGUGUGUGUGUGUGUGUGUUCACAGUCAGAUGUUUAGACAGUAUUUGUACUUUUAUAUAUUCCCUGUAUUUUCUCAAGUCAAUAUGAGAGAUAGCUGGCUAUAUUCUCUUCCUGUUCAUCCCUAUAUUAUUUUUAGCAGACUGUUUUAUGUGAGCAACUGUGUUAUUAGCCUCAGAUAAAACUUUUUUUUUUUACUCUAGAGCUCAUUUUCAUGUUUGUUUGUUGUUGUUGUUUGGUUGUUAGUAUUAGGAUCUGAAUCUUCUUCAGUAAUUUUGUUUGUUCCAAGCGCAAAAUUUGAUCAUAACCAUCAGUGUCUCAAUAUACAGUAAAGUAUGAGUUUAUUGCUUGUUUCGAUUAAACAAGCAAUGUAAUCAUUGUAAAGGUUUUCCGAUGUAAAUAUACAAUAUUGCCACAUAUAGUAGUUUCAGGUGUUCCUAGUUACAUGUUUAAAGAGGUAAAUUUGUUGCUUGUGUGGAUGAGUGUUCAGAAUAAAGUUCUAGUCUUUUUAAUUUGUUCGGUCGCCUGUUAGAAAUGAUCUGGGCUGAUUUGUAACCACUAGUUGAACACUGCCCUCUAGUGGAAUGCGGUGAUAACCUUUUACAGUGGCGGUGUGUUGAUGUGCAGUGAAAACAACAGAAUGUUCAGGUGCAGCUUGGAAGUUUAGAAUGACCCAUUUUAAUCAUCCUGAUAAUUGUAGGUGUGUGUGUGGGCGUGGGUGUGCGUGUGUGUUUGGGAGGGAGGGAGAGUUAUUAUUAUAAUUCAUUAAUAAAUGACUCAACAUGACACUACAGUUAGAUGUAGAUUUUUUUUUGUCGAGUUAUUUUUUUAGAUAUCAGGAAGGAACACUUGCUAGGUUGCUUUCAUAGUCUCAUAUUUUUUGUUAACUCAGUUUCUCACAACCUUACACAAACUUUUGAGAGCUCUAAUUCUAUAACUGAUGGCAUGGACAGAUUGAAAUUUAGAAACGUGGUAAUAGAAAAGGUGAAGAAGUUAGACACACAGCAUACACAACCUAUAUAUAUAUA